AUGUUCUACUAUCCCAACGUGCUUCAGCGCCACACCGGCUGCUUCGCCACCAUCUGGCUGGCAGCGACCCGCGGCAGCCGGUUGGUGAAGCGGGAGUACCUGAAGGUGAACGUGGUGAAGACCUGUGAGGAGAUCCUCGAUUACGUGCUGGUCCGAGUUCAGCCCCCGAUGCCCGGCCUGCCCCGGCCCCGCUUCUCCCUCUAUCUGUCAGCCCAGCUGCAGAUCGGCGUGAUCCGGGUCUACUCUCAACAAUGCCAGUACCUCGUAGAGGACAUCCAGCACAUCCUGGAGCGCCUGCACCGCGCCCAGCUGCAGAUCCGCAUUGAUAUGGUGGAGACUGAAGUACCCAGCCUGCUGCUCCCUAACCGCCUGGCCAUGAUGGAGACCCUGGAAGAUGCUCCAGACCCCUUUUUUGGGAUGAUGUCUGUGGAUCCCGUACUUCCCAGCCCCCUCAAUAUCCCUCAGAUUCGACAGCUCCUAGAGGCUGCAAGCCCAGAGAGAGUUCUUGAGGAGGCCCCUCCUGAAGUCCCCAUGGAGCCUAGGAAGCCUGAGAGGAUCCCGGUCACGGUGCUGCCUCCAGAGGCCAUCACCCUCAAGGAGGCGGAGCCCAUCCGCAUGCUGCCAAUCGAGGGUGAACUGGAGCUCCCAGAGGUCAGCCGCCGAGAGCUGGAGCUGCUAAUUGCUGAGGAAGAAGAAGCUAUCCUGGUGGAACUGCCCGCAGAGCCACUUCCGGUCCCGGCCCCCGAGGAGGUGAAGCCAGUAGGCUGGGAGCCUGAGGCCCUGGUUACUGAGGUGACCCCCCUGCCGGAGCUGCGCCUGCCAGCCCCGCCCAGCCCAGAGAGGCUGCGGCCCCCAGUGCCCCCCUAUCCCUGGGGUCCACCUGCUCGCCGCCGCCGCCGCCAGUUACUGUUCUGGGACAAGGAGACUCAGAUCUCCCGGGAGAAAUUCCAGGAACAACUGCAAACCAGAGCGCACUGCUGGGAGUGUCCAAAGGUGCAGCCUCCCGAGAGGACCACGAGGAGCCCCACGGAGCUAUUCCGAACCCCAACUCAACCUGGCUGGCUCCCCCCAGAACUGCUGGCCCUGUGGACCCACUGUGCCCAGCCACCCCCAGAAGCACUCAGGCGAAGGCCACCCCCAGAGCCUGAGAGGGAGGUGGCAGCUGAGGAGGAAAGGAUGGAAACUCUCAGCGAUAUCGAGGUCCUGAGAGAGGCCCGGGAGCCCAGCGGGCCCCUCGUGCUGUCUUUAGAGCUCUCUCUCGAGGCGGCCGAGGAAGAGAAGUCCCGCAUCAGCCUCCUCCCCCCAGAAGAACGGUGGGCCUGGGCUGAGGCUGAGCAGCCGGAGCUCCCUGCGCUGCCUGCGGUGCCCGAGGUCCCGGAGCUGCCCCCGGGGCUGCCCCCGGAGCCUGAGCUGCUGUCGCCGGAGGCCGUGUACAGGGCAGUGGCCCAGGAGCUGCAGGCCAACAGGGAGGCCGACUUCGGCAGCCUGGUGUCCCCCGUCAGCCCUCGCCGGAUGGCCGCCCGGGUCUUCUACCUGCUCCUGGUGCUUGCAGCGCAACAGAUCCUCCGCCUGGAACAAGAGAAGCCGUACGGGCGCAUCCUGAUCCUGCAGGGGCCCCGAUUCCACCGCGGUUAGCCCUCACAGAGCUGCCCGGGAGCUGGCUCCAUUAAACCCCGUCUUGCCUGCCUCGAUUCCGAACACGUAUCUCUAUGCUUCCGAC